GCCCGAGCGCGGAGUGCGUGUGCGGCCGGGGGGCCGGGCACGGGGCCGCUCCGGCGCGGCGUCUUUUCUUCUCCUCGCAGUGAUGUCAUCGACAGCAGCGGCUGGGAGCCGGGAGGCGGCGGCGGCGGGGGCGGCGCCGGGCGGCCGCCGCAGGUUCAUGUGCUGGUAAUGAAAAGGCACUUGACAGUCGGCCAGGACGCACGCGAGGGAGCGCGAGCCGGCCGGACCGCGGCGCCGCCCGGGCCAAUCGCCGUCGUCGGCCUCUCCAUGGGCGAGCAGGAGGAGGGGGCGCUGAGCGCUACCCGCCGGGCCGCGGCCGCUCCGAGGUGAACGGCGCCGAGAGCGGCUCGCGGCGCGGGGAGGCCGGGCGCGCCGCCGCUAUGAAUUCCGCCGAGCAGACCGUUACGUGGCUCAUUACCUUGGGGGUGCUCGAGUCGCCCAAGAAGACCAUCUCGGACCCGGAGGGCUUCCUGCAGGCGUCCCUGAAGGAUGGAGUGGUCCUCUGCCGGCUGCUGGAGCGCCUGCUGCCCGGGACCAUCGAGAAAGUCUACCCGGAGCCGCGCAGCGAGAGCGAGUGUCUGAGCAACAUCCGCGAGUUUCUGCGAGGCUGCGGGGCCUCCCUGCGCCUGGAGACGUUUGAUGCAAAUGAUUUGUACCAGGGGCAGAAUUUUAACAAGGUCCUCAGUUCCUUAGUGACUUUAAAUAAAGUAACAGCAGACAUUGGACUGGGAAGUGACUCUGUGUGUGCCCGGCCCUCAUCUCAUCGGAUAAAGUCUUUUGACUCCCUGGGAUCCCAGCCUUCCCACAGUCGGACUUCAAAAUUAUUCCAGGGCCAGUAUCGAAGUUUGGACAUGACCGAUAAUAGCAACAAUCAACUGGUAGUAAGAGCAAAGUUUAACUUCCAACAGACAAAUGAAGAUGAGCUUUCCUUUACGAAAGGAGAUGUCAUCCAUGUCACUCGAGUGGAGGAAGGAGGCUGGUGGGAGGGCACACACAACGGCAGGACUGGCUGGUUCCCCAGCAACUACGUCCGAGAGAUCAAGCCCAGUGAAAAGCCUGUGUCUCCCAAAUCUGGAACAUUGAAGAGCCCUCCCAAAGGAUUUGAUACAACUGCCAUUAACAAAAGCUAUUAUAAUGUGGUGCUACAGAAUAUUUUGGAAACAGAAAAUGAAUACUCUAAAGAACUUCAGACUGUGCUUUCAACCUAUCUACGGCCAUUGCAGACCAGUGAGAAGUUAAGUUCAGCAAACACUUCAUAUUUAAUGGGAAAUCUAGAAGAAAUAUGUUCUUUCCAGCAAAUGCUUGUACAGUCUUUAGAAGAAUGCACCAAGUUGCCUGAAGCUCAGCAGAGAGUUGGAGGCUGCUUUUUAAAUCUGAUGCCACAAAUGAAAACCUUGUACCUUUCAUAUUGUGCCAAUCACCCAUCUGCCGUGAAUGUUCUCACAGAGCACAGUGAGGAGUUGGGAGAGUUCAUGGAGAUGAAAGGUGCCAACAGUCCGGGGAUUCUCGUGUUGACCACUGGCCUCAGCAAACCAUUCAUGCGCCUGAAUAAGUACCCCACUCUGCUCAAGGAGCUCGAGAGACACAUGGAGGAUUAUCAUCCGGAUAGACAAGAUAUUCAAAAAUCCAUGACCGCCUUCAAAAACCUUUCAGCCCAGUGUCAAGAUGUACGGAAAAGGAAAGAGCUGGAGUUGCAGAUCCUGACGGAAGCCAUCCGGAGCUGGGAAGGAGAUGACAUUAAGACCCUGGGCAACGUCAUUUACAUGUCCCAGGUCAUGAUUCAGUGUGCCGGAAGUGAGGAAAAGAAUGAAAGAUAUCUUCUACUCUUCCCAAAUAUUUUGCUAAUGUUGUCUGCCAGUCCCAGGAUGAGUGGUUUUAUCUAUCAGGGAAAGCUACCAACGACAGGAAUGACAAUCACAAAGCUUGAGGACAGUGAAAAUCAUAGAAAUGCAUUUGAAAUAUCAGGGAGCAUGAUCGAGCGGAUAUUAGUAUCAUGCAACAACCAGCAGGAUCUCCAUGAAUGGGUGGACCAUCUACAGAAGCAAACGAAAGUCACAUCUGUCAGCAAUCCCCCCAUUAAGCCUCAUUCUGUGCCGUCUCAUACCCUCCCCACCCAUUCGAUCACCCCAUCCAGCAAGCAUGCAGACAGCAAGUCGGUGCCACUGACGCCUGUCUACCACACACUGCCCCAUCCCUCCCACCACGGCACCCCACACACGACCAUCAACUGGGGGCCCCUGGAGCCUCCGAAGACCCCGAAGCCGUGGAGUCUGAGCUGUCUGCGACCCGCACCUCCCCUCCGGCCCUCAGCCGCUCUCUGCUACAAGGAGGAUCUUAGUAAGAGUCCCAAGACCAUGAAAAAGUUGCUACCUAAGCGUAAACCAGAGCGGAAGCCUUCGGAUGAAGAGUUUGCGCUGAGGAAAAGCACAGCUGCUUUGGAAGAAGACGCACAGAUUCUGAAAGUCAUCGAAGCUUAUUGCACAAGCGCCAAAACACGGCAAACACUUAACUCAAGAAGCAGUGUUCUAAGUGUGUCUUCAGCUUCUGGAUUACACCUCUGAGUUGCCUCCAGGGGCCCCAGUGCCUACUGUCUCUCCAGCUGUGUGGUGCAGAGUGACCCCUGCUGGUGGCCGUGUGGACCUGUCACUGCCUGUUUGCAGCCAUUGGCGGCUGGAUCCCAAGCAUGUGCAGAUCUCUUUGGAGUCCUCAGGUUUGGUAAAUGCUGUUGGUGCUAAGUAUACAUUAUUGUUUCCUUAUCUUCACCCCCUAUUGAACAACACAAGACCAACCAGCAUUUGUGUGUAUGUAUCUAUAGAUAGGAUUUUAGGCUAGUCGAGCACUCUUCAGAUUGUUACCCGGAAAGAUUGAUGCUGAAGAAAAAAUGUUUAGCACGCAGACGAAUUUAGGAAAUGCUGAAUUAAACUUCAACAGGCAUUUUUACUGCAAACCUUCUGAAAACCUUAAAAAUGCUACAUGUACCUUGUGAAUCUCUAAGAAGUGGCUGUAGCAUUCAACAUUUUCCAAGAUGAUGUGCUGUGGAAACCCCUAUUAUCACCUGUAAAAUACAGAUUUUGGGAAACACAGGUUUGAGUAUGCUGGAAACAUCAUGAACCUGCUCAUCUGUGUCUCAGACCUUUUCGAGAAUUUUAAAUAAAGCAAUAGAACAUUUUUGGUGGUUCUGCUGUUAAAUCGUUUUUCCAAACUAAGUAGUUCAGGCAAAACAUGCUGCAGUACCUCUGAAAAUAUUUCAGUAAUCUUGGAGGUAACUUGUUAAAUCUGUUUACUUUCUAAAACUUUGUUCUUAAAGAAAUAGUCAACUUACUUAUAAACCUGGCUGGAGAAUAUCCCUUUAUUGUUUUGUUGAAAUACUAACAUUUUUUCAGUUAUUUUAGCAAAAUAUGUUAUAUUGAAACUAGGCAAAAUAUUAGCCUCCCAUGGAUUUCUGUUCAGGAAACAAGUAAUCUUCAUUAACAAACCUCCUGGCUCAUCAUCAGACCUAUAAAUGACAUUUUUUUUUUUUUACAUUGGCAUGUUUCAGGAAUAUAGCAGCUUAGUACAUCUGACUAUAGCAAACUUAACAUUUUUUUCUGUCUUAGAUAUUUUUAUUUAUUUUUAGAGGGAGGAAGUGGGGGUGGGGGGAGAGAAACAUCAAUGUGAGAGUAAACAUAGAUUGGCUGCUUCCUGCAUACUCCCAACCAGGAAUUAAGCCCACAAACUGGGCAUGUACCCUGACUGGGGAUUGAACUGGCAACCUUUUGAUGCACAGGAGGACACCCAACCAAUUGAACCACACUGAUCAGGGUUCAAACUUAACAUUUUUAUAAUAUAUAGUUGCAUUCUUCUUGUGUGUUUUAAGUGUAUUUAAAAAUCAGAACCAUGUCAUGCAUGUACAACCGUUGUACAGAUUUUAGUUUCUCUGAUUUAGUUAUGCUACGUGAUGGAAUUUAAAGUUUUUAUCUUUAUGAUUUCAUCUGGUAAGAGAGAUUUAUAAAAUGUAAUUUUUAAGUUAAUCCUCAGGACAACUCUGCAGCAGUGGUCAAUUUUGUUCUUCUAUUUUACCAGUAAUGGAAUGUGGUUCAGUGGUUAAGUGAGCAGCCUGAGUUUAUUGAGGACUACCACCGACGGGUGUGAGUGCAAGCGCAGAUGGUCCCAGCCCCUCUGCAGGACAGCGACUGCUGUCUGGCCCCUUUACAAAGUGGAUAUCCCUUGUGAUUCUGUCUUAUGUUAUUUGAACGUUUUAAUGCUGGAAAGAGUGUAAAUAGUUUGCCUAGGAAGCUAGAAGAUGUAAAAAUAAUUAUGUGUAGAAUUUAAUAUUCCCUCAAGUGCUAUUGUAUAAAAACAUUUUUAACCUCUUGUUUCAUUAAUCCAUUUGAAGGACUGUUGUAUUACAAAACUGAAUGUGACAGGUAAACAACUGAUAACUUUUUUGAUUUGACUAACACAGUCAAGAACUGUUUGGACUCAAAGCAGAUACCCGUUGGAAAAUUUAUGAGUCUUCUAAAUUGUCCUAUGUCAUCAGUUUGCUUCUCUUCACAGUGCAAAUUAAAUUUGUUUUCUACAUAUCUGAAUCUUUCUGAAUCUUUUUCUCUUUUUCUAGGAAAAUAGCACAUGAAUUAACUUCCUUAUAAAAACAUGGGUAACGUUUACAUUUGUAUCAGAAGCACCGGAUUUUCCUCAGCCUUAAGAAUUUUUGAGCUGGCUUGUAUCCCUGUACUUUCUCAGUACUUUGUUUCACAUACCAGUUUCCUUCUUAAGCAGCAUUUCCCCAAGUAGCCCAGGUUUCCAAACAGCCUUCCCUACUAACCCAGAAAGGCCUAGAAGACACGCCACUCGCCAUGGCAAGUAAUUCUCCAGCUGUGCAGCUCACUGUGUAAAAGGGAGUCUGUGGCCCUAAAGCAGGGUAUGAGUGAAGCCACGCCUCCCUCUGCCUGACAGUGACCAGGUCUGCUGGAUUUGCAGCAUGGUGGGAACACGAAAACGCUAGCAGCGGGUCCUCUUUGAAGUGGUAUUUGAUAAACCUAUGUACAAACAUACUUCUAUAUACCAGUGUAUUAAGUAAGGCUUGUGACAACAUUCUAAGUACUGCAUUUGAUUAUAACAUUGAAGUUAUUCUCAGCGAACAUAAAGGCCCUUCCCUUAAUUGGUGUAAAAAAAAGAUACGUAUAGAAGCUUGUGCUGUGUAACAUAAGAUAGAGCGUGAUUUUCUUACCCCUGAGGUAACAAAGAAGGCUGUCAGCACCUCAGUUUUGUCCUGUUCUGGAUGUUACGGUUUCCCAGCGGCUUGUAUUUGGUACCUUUCCUCGGCUGUGAGGCUGGGCAGGAAGGCUUUACAGAUGUCCAGCUGCAGCCGGGAGGCUUGGCCACGGCCCGAGUCCCCUUCCCUGCGGCGUGCUGCCGUGGGGAUGGCAGAGGUACUCUCCGGACAUCAGUCAUGUUUUAUGCGCCCUCCUAUGGAGCUUCGACAGUAACUGUUAAUCUUGUGCCAUUCAUAGCAGUAAAAGCUUACAUACUGGUGGAAACUGUUCUUCAAAAUGAAACUGAAAACAUUGGUGGUAUGCUGAACAUUCCCAUGAUACAAAUAUGUACAAUAAGUGCCCUCUUAUAAUUCAAUGAACUUUUAGGAAGGCAAGUCAAAGAUAAACCAAGAAAAAUAAGAUCAAGCAAGUUACGCUGUGUAAUUAGCGUAUGUCAACAUCAAAGGUAUUUUUUAAUGGAGAAAUGUGUGUCACAUUACCAUUUGCAGGUGUUUGUUUCUCUGUAGACCACAUCCUUCCGCAAUUUGCAUUUUAUAUUUUUCAAAAAUACAAAUGAUAUAUGUUAUAGUGUUAUACAGCCUUUGAUACUAUUUUAAGAUUUUCUUCCUGUAUCCUUAAAUAAGAUUUGAUUCUCUUUUUUCUCACAUUUUAAAGUAAAUAUUUGAGUUUCUCAGUUAAUUUCUAAAGUACCUGUUUUGUGGCAAACAUGUAUGGAGACACACUGUCAUGAGCAAGCGGUUGUGUGGGGAGCUCGUUAAGUGCCAUAAACUUGUCUCUGACGUGGUGAACGGUUUACUUCUAGGGAAUGAAGAGUAGUUUUCAUAAAAGAAACAAGUAAUAAAUUCCACUUCUAAGCCAUAUGCCAUAAUAGCUAUAUUUUUAACUGUCACUGUAGAGUUAAAUGUUUUAAUUGCCAGUUUUUUAAAUUUACAAACAGGGUAUAUGUACUAUAUAGUCUGACAUAUCUUUUUAAGAUUCCUGGAGUAAUACAGCUUAAGGUUUCGUGGAUUUGGAUAUUUAUUCCAAAAUACCCAGAGUACUGUGGGCAGACUCUUUAACGUACUACCUGCGGGAAAAUUCUGGAUUUAAGAGAUCCGUAAUCCAGAUUUAGAAACAGAAGCUUAAUAAGUUAGAAAAAGGCUGUUUCCUUUUUUCUGUAAUGCUUUAGGCAUGAAAAAAACUGGGUUCAGUAGACAGAGAUGGAGAAAAUUGGUAAAAGUUGCCCUUCCCUAUUUUAUCUAGAAAGUAAUUCAUGUGAUGCACAGUCCCUAGAAUUUAAUGUUAAUAUUUAGAUAAUGUUAAUAUAGUGAAAUUGUUCUUAGCUUUGCUGUGGUAUUCACCUUGGGUAUUUUUUUUUUUUUUUUA